GAUUGAAUGAAAAUUUCUUACUUUGUGCUUUUGGAUUGGGGGAAAUUUUAUGUUCUUUCAACACUUAGUACUUUUAGCAAUGUCUCAGACUCUUCAGUAUGUGUUUCCUUCUCCCUUUUUUUCCCUAGCUAGGGAAAACAUGGAAAUUUGGAAUGUGUUCAAGACACUAAUUGCUGCAGAGUGCAGUGGGAUAGAGGUCAAACUUAUUCGCAAUUUUGAGACUGUUGUCUCAAAUGAAACACCUGAAUUUCUUAAGAUGAAUCCUAUUGGCAUGCUCGUUAUGUUUAGCAAAAACUAUUUUUUUCUCUGUUUGGAGCCUUCUUAUUGCUACAGUUUCUUGAAGACUGACAAUCUGCUACUUGGCCCCUCUCCCAUUGAGUAUGCUGAGGAAGCUGCAAUUGUUGCCCCGAAAAGAGCAUUAGGUGCCUUAAACACUCACCUUGCUUCCAACACUGAUCUGGUUGGGCAUUUGGUGACCCUUGCUGACAGUGUUUUGACUUUUGACACUCAACCUUUACCUUGGAUUCACUCAGCUUAUGACUAAGAGCUUUAUCUCAGAAUUUCCUCAUGUUGAGAGAUACUUCUGGCCCAUGGUAAAUCAACCAAAUUUCAAAAAGAUACUGGGUAAGGUGAAGCAGACUGAAUCCAUCUGCAAAAAAGCCUGCACAGCCUAGGGAGGCUAAACCUAAGGCUAACUAGAGAAAGAAGCCAAGAGAGAAGUCCAGAAAGCAGGAGAGAAGUCCAGAAAGAGCAGGCAAAGGUGAAGAGGAGGAGGAAGAGGCACCAAAGCCUUAACCUAAAAAUCCUCUUGACUUGCUUCCCCCAAGCAUCCAAAAUCAUUCAUGGUCUGUUUGGUAACACGAAUUUGAAACAAUGUAUUUGAAUUUGAGGGGUUAAAAUUCAAUAUCACUGUUUGUUUUUACAUAAAUAAAAAGUAAUUGAAUUU